UAAAAAAUAUGACAAUAAAAAAAGGUUAUUUUGUAUGCGUCUUGUUUGGUAUUCAGGAUUUUUAUUUAUUUAUUUAUUUUAAAUUGGAGCUUCAAGGAUUAAACUAAACGUUACCCUCCAUUACUUAGCAAUUUUGGCCGAACCUUUCCUUUAAACGCAUGCACCCAGGCACAGACGGGCACGCACUAGCUAUCCCUUUAAGACGCACAAAUGGGCGGAGCCUGCGGUCGGGCCAAAGUGUGCCGAUGCUCAGGAAGCAAAGCACCAUCCAUUACUACCUAUAGAAGUUUCGCUGUGUUAUUGUGUAGCUUGUUUUAAAGCUCGCGGCUACAGUCGAACGAAUGUAUCAAUAGUUUCAUUUAAAUAAAUAAUGCUGAAUGGUUGCGCUUAUGAAGUUCAACAUUUGCCGGUUGCUGGGGCUGGGGAGUGGCUCCAGUGAUCAAACGCUAGAGAAGAUGGAGACUGGUGCUUCGUCUGACCACAGUCAGGACGCAUUCUCUCAGAAUGGAUUGAAUGGAGAGGAGGGCCUCAGUGAAGAGGAGAAGGCCAGAAGGAGAGCUGAGAGGCGAAGAGCUAAAAGGAAGCGUCAAAGAGAGCGAAAGAAGCUCGAACGUGGUAAAACAGAUGAGCACACUGUACAGGAGGAGGAACAACAUGCAGGUGUUGACUCGGAGCUGGAUGACAGUGGCUCUGAGGUUGAUGACAAACAGAUUGAGGAGCAGCAGGUGGAAUUGAAGGAAAGAGUGAUGGAGAAAGAAUGUCCUCCAUGUAAAGACAGCGCCACACCACCACUGGCAUCGGGAAACAAAGGAAACCAACAGCCAUCAGCUUGGUCCUGUGAGGAGGAUCCGGAAUGGGACGUGAGCAGUGCCUUUGUUGCUAAUGCCGUUAGUCACAUCAGGCCCAAAACCAAGAGCAAAUCAGGCCGUAAAUCCAAAGAGAACAAAGAAAACGAGGCCAGAAUCAGAGAGGUCAGUGGAUCUGAGUCUGUGACUAAAAGAAGUGCCUCACUGACUGAAAAGGGGAUCAGACUGGUAAAUGAGGGCCAGUACAGUGAGGCUGUUAAUAUGUUUACAGAAGCUAUCAAAUGUGACCCAAAGGACUACAGAUUUUUUGGGAAUCGCUCAUACUGUUAUUACUGUCUGGAGCAGUACUCUCUAGCACUUGCUGAUGCUGAAAAAUCUAUUCAGAUGGCCCCCGAGUGGCCUAAAGGCUACUACCGCAAAGGAAGUGCCCUCAUGGGCCUUAAGAGGCACAGUGAGGCUGAGAAAGCUAUGGAGCAUGUCCUGAAGCUGGACAAGGACUGUGAGGAGGCAGCCAAUGACCUUUUCUACUGCAAAGUGCUGCAGUUAAUGGAUCUUGGGUAUGAAGAGGAGCAAAGUGUGCUUCUGCUUGAGAAGUACAGCAAAGUACAGGCUGUUCUUGCAGCCAGAGCAGCAAACAAUGACUCUACACUCCUUCAGCCCGGAAGUCCAUGCCCUUCUCUCUGGGUGGGUAACGUAACCACAGAACUGACGGAGAAGCACCUGUGGGACCUUUUCAAAAACCAUGGAGAAAUUGAGAGCAUCCGGGUGCUGCACGAGCGUUUCUGUGCCUUUGUAAACUUCAGAAACGCCAGCAUGGCUGCACGGGCAAUGGAAAAGCUCAAUACAGCUUGGCCAGAUUUGCUCCCUUGGCUCCUGGACAUGGAAGGCUGUGGCAUCAAUGGGAUUCGAGCUUGCAGUUUCCUGACAAUGGGCCAUUUGAUAGAAAACACACGGUUAGUAGUCCGGUAUCCAGACAGACGCAUCCUGAAACCAUUUCCUGUUUCUGCUGCACCACAGGCCACAGGAACUGCUGGAGCAAGGCGCAGGGGCCCUGUCAAUGGAGAUGAGUGCUAUUUCUGGAGGACCACUGGCUGUCAUUUUGGGGACAAGUGUCACUAUAAACAUAUUCCUGAGCAGCGGGGCAAAGACAGAAAGCCCUGGCAGCCCUGAUCAGUGCACUCUUCCUCCUCUCUUCACCCUCAUGUUUCUAAAUUACUUUCUAUUUUUCUCACUCAGAGCCAAAGGACAUGGAAAGUGAUUGCAUGGACUGUGCGACUUCAGAGACAUUUACUCAUUUGAAUGGAACUCAAGCCUGUCUUACUAUGAUGCUUUUGACUCAGAUCAACAAUGACCUUGGUGCCUUGGAUUUUGUUCAAAGUGCUGUUAUCACUUCCAGAUUUGUAGAGAAUGAGGAGAACAUGACUCAGAACAGUGAACAGUCCCUUUAGCAAGGGUUUGGGUGUUUGGUUGAGGCUGGAGUUUGAGGCCAGACCUGGUGUCUCCUGUCAUCUCUGCUCUUCAUUCUUCUGUGCAAACAGUGCUGAGCCAAAGCACAGCCUCUGACCACUGCUCACUUUUGAGUUCAAACCCAAACAAAUACCUUUCAUAUAGAUGAGGUGUUGUGAAACCUUUCUCCCAUGUUCUUUUAUGCUUCAUCAAGAAAUCUUGCACAAAGAAAGUGGUUGGUUAAAGCCUGUUUGUGGUUUUUGCCAAAGAAUAACACCGUUUUCUAUGGAGUACAAAUUGUUUAAUAAAAAUGUUAGUGAGACAGAAACAUCGUUUUAUAUUUAUGUACGGAUUAUUAUUAUUAUUAUUAUUAUUAUUAUUAUUAUUAUUAUUAUUAUUAUUUAAAGGUUAAGUGCAAAUAUGUGCGCACUUCGGUUCAGCGUAUUUGUGACCAGGCUUAUUUUUGUUCGACUAACAUUGUGGAGGUAUAAUGGAGAAAACAUUUUUUGUUCAUUUUCUCAAAGGGUCUUUAUGUUAAAAAAAAACAAACAAACAAAAAACUAUCAACAAAAUGGGUUCAAACCAGCAUUUAAAUGCUCAUAGCUGGUUUUAUCCAAACUGUUUUUUUCCCCCUUUGCAGAUUGUUGCACUUUAUACUUCAGCACACACUGUGUGUAAUUUAAGUAUUGUUAGAUUGGGAAAUGGUGCAUGUUUUAAUAUCAAGAAUUAGUUUUAUAUUGACGUAUGCAUUAAGACUAUAUUUUCCGAAGGUGUUGACUACAAUUCUGGUUCUUUUGCAGUUUUUUUUUUUUUUUUUUUGUCUUGUGUUUUCAAGAUAAUAGAAUUACAGACAUACAGUUCUUCUCACACUUCUUAACAAAAGCCUCCUUAAAUAUUGUUUACGUAUUGUGUUUUGGAAGUAAUGCAGGAGUGUUCAGUGUUUUAAAUGUUAUUCUUGUUGUUCCUAUUUUUUUUUUUUUCUUCUUUCUCUUUUUAUUUUAUUUUAUAUUUUAAUUUUUAUUUUAUUUAUUUUUUUUGAUUGUGUAACCCAGGCAGUUGUUCUUACUUAAGUUGUUUUUACUGGACCAGGCCAGUGUGGGCUCUCUUCUUUACUAUGUUUUUAUAGCAGCAAAUAGUUACAAAGGGUUCUGGAUGAGACUCCAUUUUCAAAAGAUUUGUCAGUAAGCAUCAAUUAUAGCAUGUGGAUAAAAGUGUGUAAUGUUGGAAGAAUUUUUUUACCUGAGGAAAGCUGAUUGUGUUGAGGGCCUGAUUUACUGUUUGACAGUCUUAAACUAAAACAACAACAACAACAACAACAAAAAACACUAAUGGCAGAUGUGCAGAACUCUAUUCCUGAAGCUCGAGAAUGUUUGUUUGGUCUUUUCCCUGAUACAGCAAGCUUUGCCCAAAAUCAGUCAGUGAGGUGUGUUCAGGAAAAACCCAAAAACUGUGUCGUGAGGUUUCCUUGCAAGUUUUGUGCUGUACUGCUACAACACAGUUAUGUCUGUGUCUUUGCCUUUUUGCUAGUAUAGCACAUUACUCAUGACUUUAGUAAUACUUACUCAAAUUGAACCCUUUGGUCAAUCGUGUUAGGCUUUAACUGAAUAUAAUAGCUAGUUCGCUAGUUCACUUUUUGUUUCAUUAAUUUGGGUUUUGUCUAUUACCUUCCUGGAGAACAUGGUAUAUCGACCUGUAUGGAUAUUACCCUUCACGUUAGUGUGUUGCAUAAUGGUUUAAUAAUUUUGGGUUCACUCUCUUCAUGUCAAAUGUGUGUUUUGCUCCAAAAUGGGCUGACAGCUAAAAUAGUGAGCAUUUGCAUUCUGUUCCCAAACAAAGGAUCUCUAUUUUAUUAUUUUGCGGAAUAAUGGAAAGUUUUGCAUUACAAGUUUUCUCACUCCUGUAAACAAUAACAUUUAACUUCUUUUCCAUUUUUCAUCAAAGCAAACAAUUCUGGAAAAAAGGCUCCUCUUUUCCAAAUUUGUUGUAGCCUUCAUCAAAUUAUUAAAAAAAAUCUUCCAUGUUCCUGACACUUUUCAUGUAGCAGCAAACGGAAGUGUGUGUGUAUAUAUAAACAUUCUAUGUUAAAAUUCUUUAAAUGUCCCCCCCCCCCCUUCCCUUUGGCAUUGUCAUGUUGUAACUGCAACACACAACUCAAUAGACAAUCAUGUCUCAUUAAGUGUUCUAAUGCCCUGCACUGUACUGCCAAAGAGCUCUUGUAAUAAAUAUACUGACUAACAUUUUCUUCUUGAUUUCUAAAUCUGAAGUCAUCAUUGUUAUGAAGCCUCUAAACAGGUUUUUUUUAAACCUGUUUAGAGGCUUCAUAACAAAAAAAAAAAAGGACAUCCUGCAUUACAUUUAUAAAAUGGAUUUUGUUACAUAAUUAGCUGAACAUGUUCAACUGAUCUUCAAUUGGUAAAGAUGAAACAUUUGGCACUGUAUAAAUGUCAAAUUUGGCCACAUUUAAAUGGUAAAUAUGCUGCUCACUUAUUUUUUUUAUUAUUAUUUUUAAAUAAAAUAUUUUUAAAAAAUUGU